GAUAUAUUUAAGUAUUUUUAUGUGUAUUUAUAUCUAGCAUUGCUCAUAAUUGAGUAUUUUGCCUAUAUAUUGUGUAUGUUUUGAGUGGGUAUAUUGACCAUGAACAUGAAGGUAACUAAGAAAAUGAGGGGAUUCAUGUGCCAGUCAUUGGAAGUAACUGCAUCAUGCAUAAAACCCGAUUGUCGUUCUGUGAUUCUUGCACGGAGGUCUAGUGAACAUGCUAGGUUGUUGAGCAACACCAAGUAUAUUCGACUUGCAGAGCGCCGUGGCUAUGUUGUUCCAGCAAGUAAGAGAGCGUCAUCAGCUACUACUAAUAGUGUGAAGUUGGAUCAAAGUAGUACGGCCCUACCGUUAUCCUCUGCCAACCAAGUCUUUCAGGUGGUGGUCAUGAGAGUUUCCAUUCAUUGUCAAGGGUGUGCUGGCAAGGUCAAGAAACAUUUAUCCAAAAUGGAAGGAGUGACGUCAUUUAGUGUGGAUGUGGAGAGCAAAAGGGUAACGGUAAUGGGACACGUGUCACCAGUGGCUGUGUUGGAAAGCAUGUCAAAGGUGAAGAAAGCUGAGUUUUGGCCAUGUUGAUGCUUCUCAAAUUUAUUUCCCUUUUAAAACAAGUUAAUUUUUGAUCUAGUCUUCUUUAGCUGCAAUACCUUCUUAUUCAGAAAAUCUCAUUGUAACCUUUACAUAUUAUAAACCUUUCGGCAUGGGAAUUGAUAUUCAUACUAUUAUUUUUGAUUAA